UCUAUCGGAAGUUACUCAACCCCCAGAUAUUCGAGAGAGACUAUUCCGGAAACAAGCUGUAAAGUCCAGUCUAGAACUUUCGCACUUUCUCUAAAAUCCUUCGGAUCCUUCUCCACUCUUCGCCUUCUUCUCGCUUCUUCUUUCUAUAAAUUCGAAUUCUCAUCUUUCUUUCUCUCAUCAGACUGAGAACCCUAGCAAUUCAAUCUUCAUUGAAUCGCUUCUCAAUGGCUGCUCAAUCAGUGUCUUUGUCAUCUUGUUCACCUCUUGUAUCCCACAGGGCAGGGCCGUCUUUCAUUAAGCCCCUUUUGGCAAACUUCCCUUCGACAGCGAAGAAGCCUUUGCCUCGCUUGGGAAUGGUGAGGGUUCAGGCCUCUCAUGAUAACAAAGACACUUCUGUGGACGUUCACUUUAACAAGGACAAUCAAGGUCAACAACAAACCUCUGUGGAGAGGAGGCCUCGCAGAAUGGCCAUGGAUAUUUCUCCCUUUGGUUUAUUGGAUCCAUGGUCACCCAUGAGAAGCAUGCGCCAGAUGAUGGACACUAUGGACAGAAUAUUCGAAGACGCCAUGACAAUCCCAGGAAGAAGCAGGGGAGGUGAAGUACGAUCCCCAUGGGACAUCAAAGAGGAAGAAAACGAGAUCAAGAUGAGGUUCGACAUGCCUGGUCUUUCCAAGGAGGAUGUUAAGGUUUCAGUGGAGGACGAUGUUCUUGUCAUCAAAGGUGGUCAUAAAAAGGAAGAAGGAGGAGAUGAUUCCUGGUCCUCCCGGAGUUAUAGCUCCUACGAUACUCGCCUCCAGCUUCCUGAUAACUGCGAGAAGGACAAGGUUAAGGCAGAGUUGAAGGAUGGUGUGCUUUACAUUACCGUCCCUAAGACCAAAGUUGAACGCAAGGUCAUCGACGUGCAAAUUGAUCAACUACGCUGGAAGAGGUCAAGCUUAGCUUAUGCAAGAAGUGUUAUAGAGCAACAAUCAUAACAUUAAAAAUCGAAGGAUGCCGUAUCGAAUGAAUGACAGGCAUAAAUUCAUAAUCAUCAACGAUCGAAGGAUGCCGUAUCAAGUGGGACGACAUUUUCCUGAGCUCAACAUUGUCUUUGCUCUUUAGAACAUCAAAAUGAUGAUAAAUUUUCAUGAGAUGUGAAUAACUAUCCUAUUUUUCAACUGUUUUUUCUCUUUUUGCCAAGGAGCAAUUACCAUUCAUCUCUUGAAUCUUGAUGGCUGAAAACUUCGACACGGAUAAAUUGCAUGUGAAAGUAGCUAGUACAAAUCUAUGAAAGCCGACCUUAUCUGAA